AAACUAUGUAUAUAAAUGGACUUGACCCUUCUCUUUAGUAUUCACAACAAAUUAAUUCCAGCUCCCAGGGAACUACACAAAGUUAGCAACUUUGUAUAUCCUAACCGAGUUUGCCUGCCUAGUAUACAGUAUCUCUUCCCAAUUGAAAUUGUGCUCAUGGCUACCUUCAAGACCCUGGCUCUCUUGACUCUUGCCCUUGUUUUCUCUAAGCAAGGCACUCUAGGAGAAAUAACAUGCGAGAAUCUGGACCAAGAGACAUGUUCUUACGCAGUCUCUUCAUCCGGUAAGCGCUGCGUACUGGAGACCCACGUCAAAAGGAGCGGAAAAGCAUCAUACGCUUGCCGUAACUCUGAAAUCGAAGCUGAUAGAUUAAGAAACUGGAUUGAAACUGACCAGUGCAUCAAAGCAUGCGGCCUUGAUAGAAAAUCGCUAGGAAUCUCAUCAGAUUCUCUCCUCGAGUCUAGCUUCACAAAGCAACUCUGCUCUCCUCAGUGCUAUGAUAGCUGCCCCAACAUCAUUGAUCUUUAUUUUAAUCUUGCUGCUGGGGAAGGUGUAUUUCUUCCCAAGCUCUGUCAGGCAACAAAGGGAAAUGCUCGCAGAGAAUUGACAGCUGAUAUCCGUAGCUCUGGUAUGGUUGCACUAGCACCAAUUCAAACAGUGAAGUACACAGCUGUUCCAGCAAUGGCACCGGCAUUGACACCGACAAUUUACUAGUUAAAUUCUUGCAAGGAAUACAACAUAGAAUCAACUUAUCGGUAUGGAUUUAGGAUAUAAAUAUACAAAAAUAAAGAAGUAGCACCAAGAGUUUUGUAGCCUGUCAGCUGGCGUGCUCCUUCAGCUUUAAUUGGUUCAUAGUGUGGGCAUGCAAGUAUAUGCUGUGUCUGUUAUAUAUAUGAAAAUCUGCAUUAUUAUACAAUUAAUAGUUGGCUUAUGUUCUCAAAAUGAUUCUUGACUCAAAUAAUAAAGGCCUUUGUUUUUUA